AUGGAUCCCACCACCACCGACCAUCACUCCUCUCCUCCCAUCCACAUCAGCCUUGAACUCAAUGACCACGACGACGAGAUACUACCUCCCAUCCCCGAUCUCUUCUCUGAAAGCCAACAGACCCCUCCCGAGCAUGAAAGUUCCACCGACGAGCAUUCACUCGAAAAUCCCAUCCCGGCCUCUCAACUUGCCGAUCUCUCUCCACCUGGCGAAGCUACCUGCUCCACUGCUGGCCAUCGCUCCUACGUCGAGCCCGAGUCCGACCGCGAGUCCCCAUUUAGCACACCUGCACCUGAGCAAAUGCCCCUCUGGACCGAGCUUGAGACGGGAAUGCUUAUCAGAUUUCUGCACACAGCGUGCAGCCCUCUAAGUGUAGGCGAGAUUUCUGAGUACAUGGCUCGAAGUCUGACGGACACCGCCGCCAUGGUGGUGUGUCUCUGGCUCUCGGCCGUCCGCGUGUCCGAGGCCCGUGGCACCCGACUCUCUUGGUGGAUUGGCCGCCCUGUCUUUAACAGUAUCGGCUCUGGCCGCGUCUCCGUGUUUUUGCGAGAAGGGAACCAGAUCAUGCUGCGGUUCUACGACGUAGAGGGAGAUCUAGAGGCCGAGGCGCCCAUUCAUGAUCCCAGCCAGAUGUAUGAUGAAGGAAGCUUCUGA